GAGAGGCGGGCGGGGGAGGGGCGGCCAGGACAGGGGCUUGAGGCGGCGCUCGGCUCGGCCCGGCCCGGCAGUCGCCGCCUGUCGGGUCCCGCGGGCAGCCCGUGCCCGCCGCCGCGCCCGCCGCCGCCGCGCCCUCCUCGCCCGCCGCCGCCACCGCCGGGGAGCCGGGGCACGCCGCAGGCGCCGCGCGGCGAUGCGGGGCCGCGGCGGCGCCGAGCCCUGACCAAAGAUGGCCGCGCUGCCCGGGGGGAACAUGGCGGGGGGCGGCCGGGGGGCGCGGGUGGUGCUGCUGCUGCUGCUCGGCGGCUGCCUGGGCCGGCGGCCCCCGGCGGCCGCCGCCGCCGCCGCGCCGCCCGCCGCCUCGCCGGCGGCGGAGGAGACGGUGAUCAUCGGCCUGCGGCUGGAGGACACGGACGACGUCUCCUUCAUGGAGGGGGGCGCGCUGCGGGUGAGCGAGCGGACGCGGGUGAAGCUGCGGGUCUACGGGCAGAACAUCAACAACGAGACGUGGUCGCGCAUCGCCUUCACGGAGCACGAGCGGCGGCGCGGCGGGCGGGCGGCGGCGGCCGGGGCGGCGGGGCGCGGCGGCGGCGCGGCGGGCGGCGGCGUCCCGCAGCGCUGCGGCAUCCGCACCUCGGACAUCAUCAUCCUUCCCCACAUCGUGCUCAACCGCCGCACCUCGGGCAUCAUCGAGAUCGAGAUCAAGCCGCUGCGCAAGACGGAGAAGAGCAAGUCCUACUACCUGUGCACCUCGGUGUCGGCGCCCGCCGCCGCUGCCCUGGGGCCCGGCGCCGCUGGCGGGCUGGCGGGGGCUGAGGGGCCGGCGGGGCCCCCGCCCUGGGGUGAGACCACCUGGAUCUACCAUGACGGCGAGGACACCAAGAUGAUCGUGGGCGAGGAGAAGAAGUUCCUGCUGCCCUUCUGGCUGCAGGUGAUCUUCAUCUCGCUCCUGCUCUGCCUCUCGGGUAUGUUCAGCGGCCUAAACCUGGGCCUCAUGGCCCUGGACCCCAUGGAGCUGCGCAUCGUGCAGAACUGCGGCACGGACAAAGAGAAGAACUACGCCAAGCGCAUCGAGCCCGUGCGCCGCCAGGGCAACUACCUGCUCUGCUCCCUCUUGCUGGGCAACGUCCUCGUCAACACCACGCUUACCAUCCUGCUGGACGACAUCGCCGGCUCGGGGCUGGUGGCCGUGGUGGUCUCCACCAUCGGUAUCGUCAUCUUCGGCGAGAUCGUGCCGCAGGCCAUUUGCUCUCGGCACGGCCUGGCCGUGGGCGCCAACACCAUCUUCCUCACCAAGUUCUUCAUGAUGAUGACCUUCCCGGCCUCCUACCCAGUCAGCAAGCUGCUGGACUGCGUCCUGGGCCAGGAGAUCGGCACGGUCUAUAACCGUGAGAAGUUGUUGGAGAUGCUGCGGGUCACCGACCCUUAUAAUGACCUAGUCAAAGAGGAGCUCAACAUUAUCCAAGGGGCCCUGGAGCUGCGCACCAAGACAGUGGAGGAUGUGAUGACUCCACUCCGAGACUGCUUCAUGAUAGCUGCUGAGGCUGUACUCGACUUCAACACUAUGUCCGAGAUCAUGGAGAGCGGUUAUACCCGCAUCCCUGUUUUUGAGGGUGAUCGCUCCAACAUUGUGGACCUGCUCUUCGUUAAGGACCUGGCUUUUGUGGACCCCGAUGACUGCACUCCGCUCAAGACCAUCACCCGGUUCUACAACCAUCCGCUGCACUUUGUUUUCAAUGACACGAAGCUCGAUGCCAUGCUGGAGGAGUUCAAGAAAGGCAAGUCCCACCUGGCUAUAGUACAAAGAGUAAACAAUGAAGGAGAAGGGGAUCCUUUUUAUGAAGUCCUGGGAAUUGUCACUUUAGAAGAUGUGAUUGAAGAGAUCAUCAAAUCUGAAAUUCUGGAUGAAACAGAUCUAUACACUGAUAACAAGACGAAAAAGAAAGUAGCCCAUCGGGACAGGAAGCAGGACUUCUCUGCCUUCAAACAGACAGACAGCGAGAUGAAGGUUAAAAUAUCACCACAGCUCCUCCUGGCAAUGCACCGUUUCCUGGCAACAGAAGUAGAAGCCUUUGGUCCAUCCCAGAUGUCAGAGAAGAUCCUUCUCAGGCUGCUAAAACAUCCCAACGUCAUCCAGGAGCUGAAAUAUGAUGAGAAGAACAAGAAAGCCCCAGAAUACUACCUCUACCAGCGAAACAAGCCCGUCGACUACUUUGUUCUCAUUUUACAGGGGAAAGUGGAAGUGGAGGCUGGGAAAGAGGGGAUGAAGUUUGAAGCUGGUGCUUUUUCCUACUAUGGGGUGAUGGCCCUGACAGCGUCGCCAGUUCCCUUGUCCCUGUCUCGUACCUUUGUUGUCAGCAGAACAGAGUUGUUAGCAGCAGGUUCUCCAGCUGAAAACAAGUCUCCACCUCGGCCCUGCGGCUUGAAUCACUCAGACUCUUUAAACCGAAGUGAUCGCAUCGAUGCAGUGACGCCAACGUUAGGGAGCAGCAACAACCAACUGAAUGCGUCUUUCCUCCAAGUGUAUGUCCCGGACUACUCAGUGAAAGCACUCACAGACAUUCAGUUUGUCAAGAUCUCAAGACAGCAGUACCAAAAUGCCCUGAUGGCAUCCCGGAUGGACAAAACACCUCAGUCCUCGGACAGUGAAAACACUAAAAUCGAACUGACUCUUACGGAGCUGCACGACGGUUUGCCAGAUGAAACAGCAAACCUGCUGAAUGAACAGAACUGUGUGACUCACAACAAGCCCAACCACAGUAUGCACAGUGAAGGAGCCAUCUAGGAGCUGACUCCCCACAACCCACCCAUCCCAUCUCCUCAGCAGGACCAGUCCUCGCUCCUUCCUGCCUCCUCCCUGAGUGUGAACACCGUUAGUAUGUGCUUGCAACACUGUGCUGCAUCCAGUGUUCUGAGACCAAAGACUUUUGCGUCCGUUCUGGGAGCAGAAGAGGAAGAAACAGGAAGAAAGGAGCAAAGAGCAAGAUAGAGAGACUAAAGCCCCAAGCGUACUUUGGGAAUGGUGAGCCACCCUUGAGAACGAUGAAAAUACUUCUUGCAAAGUAGAAUCAUGUUUAUUUUUUAUCUGUAUUUUGCACCCUUGUUGGGUUUUUCCUCCUCAAACACAUAUGGAGAAGUUUAAAAACUGCUCCGAUUAUUUUUUCAAGAGAGAUCAUGUUUUUAAAAAGUAUUUUGCAGAGUUUUAAAUUGUUUCUGUCCCUCCCCAACCUGAAGGAAGCUCUGUUGUGGUUUUGUAAAUCGGCUCCAAUGUCCUUAGACCUCUUUUCACCUCUCUCUGGUUCUUUUUGUUGCCCUGUUGAAGAAGUUAGUAACCGGUACUUGUAUGUGUUUGUCUCCUAAAAGUGAGCAAGCUUCAAGGAACCUCUGGUUUCAGCCACCUGGAGGGUCAAGGGAUGAGUAUCAUUGCAUUCUUCCAGUUAAGUUUCAGGGAAGGAGUGGUUAUUUUGGUAUGUAAUGAUCUCUCAAAUUUCAGAAGGUUUCUUUGUAAAACAGACAAAAGCAUUGUUACACUUAGUUUUGUAACCUCCAAAAACUUUAUGUAUGUUGAAGAUCAUACUGGGGGGAAGGGAUUAAUUAGCAAAACAGCAGUCUUGCAAAAUGAAAGCUGGGGUAGUUUUCCACAGCAGUGUAACUGGGUGAUUUUCCUUUGAUGUUCCUGAGAACUGCAUCAUUAAGUUAACUCUGUGUACCCCAAAAUGACAAACUUUAAAUGGCCACGUGCUGUAAUAGCCUGUGCACAGCUACCUUGGCCACAACAGACUCUCAGUCUUUGUUAAGUAACAGAGAGAACAAUGGUCCCUGUUCCCCCCUUAAAUCUCUAGUGUUAACAGAAAAGAUGCUGCUACAGUUACGCCCAAAGUACAUCCUCCAGGUGACAGUAAACCUCUGCCAGUGCAAGGAUGGGCUCUGCUGAGGAGUCAGGACCAUCCUGUCCUCUCCAAGAACUGACACAACUUUCCAGACGCGAGUGUAUUGCACUUCAGGGAUUCGGAGAGGUUCACUUCUGGGCUGUUCCCCAGCCACAUUCCUUCCUUUGAGAGCAUUCAGUGUAUUUCCUUCUUUCUCUCUCUCCUUUUAACAGCCGUGUUAGGGAUUACCAUGGUAGCUGAACAGAGAGCCUCCCAGCAGGCUGCCAUUAGUGCAGGACAGCCAGUGUCAAGCAGCGGAAACCAGUUCCUCCACCCUGAAAACCUGCAUGUGGACUGGGUGCAAGAGAGACAUACCCUGUGGCAGUUCUGCGUCACACCUCAGCAUUCCUGCUCCCUCAAAUGGACUUUAAGUCCCAGCCGGGUCCUCAAAUGAAAAACACGUCCUCCCUCUCCUGGUUGUCGCCCUUUCCAUUGCCGCCUGAAACAAAAUGUGAACAUUGCCCUCAGUAUUAGGUUUUGGAGAGAAGAACAAAUGAGGCCCUGCGGUUUCUGGUUCAAGACUGUUCCAUGGUCCUGGUUGUGUAGCAUUUUCCCUCCUUUCUUUAUGUGCAGAUGAUCUCAUCUGACCCUCAAAGAAACCCCCGGUCCCAAAUGCAACUGCCAGAGCUCUCUGUGUCCUGUCCCACAUCUCUCCUGCUCUCUGUUUAGGGCAGGCACUUGCCUGUGAGUUCCCGUGGUCGGUCUUUGCAAGUGUUUCCUGGAAAGGUGCAAUAUUUUGCUGCGGUAACUUCCUGCAGGAAAUCAGUGUGUGUGGCUUUAGAGCAGAUUUUGUGUGCAUGUCUCUCACUUUCGCUCGCUCUUGGCUUCAGGAAGCAGCCCUAAUUUUUGCUCUCCUCUCUGCAAAGGGCCACAGAUGGAUCCUGCAGGCCUGCUCCCUGAGAGCACCAGCAUGGGAAAGAUGUGCUUUCUUUCUUGGAAGGUGCAGCAGCCUGUAAGGGUGAAGUCCCCACAAGGGGGCAUAGAUAUUCCAUGGUAUCUAAUAUGUGCAUUGAGUGACAAGGAAACCGGGCCCUCAAACUUCGCUCUCAUGUUCAGCAUUUAGCCACUUUUUAAAAUCACGGCUUUUCCCAUCUAAAAGUGUUUCCUUAACCUCCAGCCUCGCACUGACAUGCCCCUGGCUGCACCAGCCCGCCAUGUCCACCCCGGCUGUGCAACAGCCUGAGAGCACUCGGCUCAGCACCAGCCCGAGUUGGUCUCAGCCCUGCUCCUUCCUGGAGAGCUGCUCGUAUUGCACCUUUCUCACAGAGCAAAGUGGUGAGAUGUUACAGCGCUUGUCCUGGUGGGGCCAGUGACUUGCCCCCCCCACUUCUUAUCUAGUGUUGCUGAAUGUAAAAGUUUAUUGAAAGUGUUUGACACAAUGGUGAACCUGAGAUGCAGUAUCUUGUCAACCCUGCCAAAGAAGGGAAGGCUCAAGUCGAGGCAGCUCGCUCUCCGGGAUGAGGUUGCUUGCUCGAUCUUACUUCUGCUUCUUAUGUCAGGUUGUGGAUUUGUUUCAGUGUCUGUUUCCAUUAAAAAAAAAAAAAAAAAGCCUAUUUUUCCAACCAAAGCCAUGCAAUCCCGAAGCAAAUACCUCCUGCUUCUGCCCGUGCCGCACUGUUCUAAAAUCUGCAGGCAAUUUUUGCAUGACUGUUUCUCAUCAUUUGUACAGUUCCAAUAAUGGAAAGUGAAAUAAUUUCCAUAAAAAUAGUUGAUUAUAGAUGUGUUUCAUAUGGAAAAUAUGUACCUGACCCAGAGGGGUUAGGAGCUGCUACUACUAAUUUGCUUGAAGAGCAGGGCAUGGUCCUCUCCACAGAGGGGAAAAAUCCAGUCUCCCUGUUCUCAGGGUAUUUACAGUUUUACUGUUUAACAGACGAAAGGGGUUCCCAGCCCUCGUGGUGGGAACCUACAUAAAUAGAGGAGCCCUGUGCCCGUCUCAGGGUUACUUCUGAGACUCUGGACAGUGUUUGCAAAUGCAAGGACUUGGCUUUCCCUACUGUAAUGGAAAUGCCUUGGCUUCUGCAUCUGUACUGAUGCAGGAGGUGUCCUACCAGGUUCUUCUGGCUUGCUGGUUGCCUCUCUGCGUUCAAGUGGGCUCUGAUGCUGGAUUUCGUGCCGCGGUGCCAUGUGUACGCGUGGCAGAGCUGUCAGUCAUUGCUGUGGUACAGGGCACCAGCUGAUGGCUUUGGGAAUUGCUGGACUUGACCUCAGACCAUGGCAAGGCUUUGACUUGUGAGAAGGAUACUGCAUCUUCGUUUGUCAACUCCUAUUGCCUUCGUUGUUCACCUUGUCUGUCUGCCUCCAGGUACAGGCAGAGGGGCAGAUGAUGACCUGUUGGCUUGGGGGGCUGGGAGGGCAUCUAGCCAUGGUUUCUACUGUCAAUACAAUUUUGCACAAAAGUUCUUUGAAGUGAGGUUUUCAACACUAAUAUCUUAAAUGCAUAACUGUGAAUUAUAACUUUUACACUCCUGUUGGUUGAAUUUCUUUUAAAUGAAAUGAACCUGAAUCUAUUGUAACUAUGAUUUAUUUUUUUUUAAUUGUGUGUAUUGCCAAACCUUUGUAAAGAGUGAAGGAAUGUUCUUGCUUUCCAAUGAGAAUCUUUCUCCAAACAAGACUGACUCUGGCGACACGGAGAUCAUACGAAGCACACUAGCUCUGAGUGGGGAGGGGCUCGGGGGCAGCUUAGCAAACCAACAUUGUCUUCUCUGUAGACCCCAAGCUCAGAGCAUCCAGAGUUUACAAAGUGCUUGUUGUUUUAUUCCCUAUUUGUCUACUCCCUAAAAUCCAUAUGCAGUUGAAGAAGAGCUCAGGACCGGGGUGUCCCCGAGCGGGGUGAAGGUCCAGACGAGGGAUGUCGGCAGAGAGGUAGGGUGUGAGCAGGGCUGGUUGGAGAAGUGGGGGGACCCCGAAAGCUGGCAUGGCCAGGAGAGCCUCCAGUUACACCUGACAGAGCUGCAUGGGACAAGUCUUCCCCCCCCCCCCCCCCGCUCCAAACCUUUAUUCAUGUAUAGCUCCCUCUCAUGCUCUCUCUGCCCCGCGCACGCCUGCCUGCUCCUGCUGCAGGCCGACCAGGGCCCAGCCAAUGCCGUGACCUGGUUGAAGCCUGCCCCAGCACCUGCGUUAGCUGCGGCCAGCAGUGGUUGUGCUCCCCAUGCAGGCUCAUCCUUUCUCAGGCUUGCGGUACCAUUACUUGUCCUUUAAGGAGCAAAGUGAGCCAAGUUUGGGAGUGUUUCAGCUGUUGGGGAGGAGAGCUGCACCCCGCGGCAGGCGGGAGGUGGCUACGCCUGGGGACCUGGCUGGGAGCAUGGCUUGCCCGUCUUGGGCUCCCUUUAAAGAGACACCAGCCGCUCGUUUGGCGUUGUUCUCUGUGGUCUGUUCCUCUUCUGUUCUCCUAGACUUAUAUUCCUUUUUUUCCUCACCGCAGGGUUUUUUUUCUUCUUUUCUUUAAGUGCCUUUUUGUGCAGUUGGAGCUGGCAAGAGUAGGAGUCUCAGGAUAUGGCCCUCUGCACUCACCUCAGACCUGGAGAAGGCGCGGGGGGAGCAGGGUGAGUUGCUGCUCAGCCGUCAGGGCCCUGCACAGAUGGGGAUGUGCUUUUGGCAGCGGUGAUGUAGGGCUCAAGUCAGCUCAGAGGAAAGAAAACCAAAGAGGUAGCUGUGUGCAAAGGGCUGCUCAGGCAGCAGUGGUGCUUCCUGUGAUCUCCGCAGAGCUCAGCCGAGGGGGCGCUGGGGUGGGGACGGCGAAGAGCAGCGCUGUCUCCUCGCAAGCAUCCUGUGUAAGUACCAUACGUAGCGGGGAAUACAGCCGUGUUCUCUGGGAGCGGUUGGGACAUGCAUCUUCCUUGUGCUGAAAUAGAGUAUCUAUAGAAAUCAUUCCCACCUGAAAGAUGUACCAUAUUUUAUAUGAUACCUAAUACACACAUCUGUGGUUUUAAAACUAGUACCUGUGUACCAGUUGUCAAGUUAUCCAGUGUCUGGAUUGCCAGUAGGAAACUGGGGCUGGGCAGGGAGGGGAAUAAUGCUAUAAAGUGUGUCUCUUGUGAUGCUGACUCGAGACUUCGUCCCGAAGGUGGCUGGCCAGCGAUGAGGUGAUCCUGCGCUUGUACCAUACGCUUUGAGGUGCAAAGCUGGCACACGGCCGAAAACCAGCGUGUGCUGAAAGGCUCUGGGUGAUGCAGACCCUGGCUUGCUGCACAUCUCGCUGCCCUGGCUUUACACUGUGGCUUUAAGUAGACCCAAAGAAGUACCUGGUCCUUGGAUACUGAGGGUUGUUUUGGUCCAACAGUGAAAUGAUGAGCUUAACACGUGUGACCAAAGGCCAGGCGUCUUGUCGCGGCAUAAAGGAGAGCAGCCUUCAUCCUGACUUGAGCGGCAGAGAGGACAAGCACUGCGCUACCAGCUUAGCUAGAAAGCUGCCCUCAUCCCUGCUCUGCCGUGUGCUGGGUCCGUUGGUUGCGGCUCUCUCGUUGCUGUGAUCUCUGUGGCAACGCUGGCCCCAUUCCCGUGCAUCUGCAGCACAGACGCUGUUAGUGGAGCGCGGCACGGAAGAACCUGAAACAUCCGCUAGCUUCCCAUAGACUCCCCCCCCCCCCCCCCCCCCCCCCACUCCGAAUAAUCCUGCUCGGUGUCUUGCUCUCCUCCUGGAGGCUGGCGUCACACAAGGCUGUGCUCCUCCUCCUUUUCGUUUCACUGCAGUGGCCCUGAGGCCGCGUCUGAGCGAGGGGACGCUAUCGCUGCAGGUCCAAAGCGGUACGGUUGAAUUUCUCAGUCAGGUUUUGCAUGUUUGCUGCUCUUUUAUGUUACAAGCUGGAAGCUGGACCUGGGGAGGCCAGAGCAUUCCCUAGGGAAAAGCACGAGAGGCCAGGUUAUCCCAGCCCCUUUCCCCGAGUCGCGGGGAAGGGAAGGGGGUGCUGGAAAGCUGCCUCCAGCCCCUUGCAUGGUACGGAUGGCAGAGGGAGGUGUUUCACAGGUCAGUAGCACCAAACUGUGUCAAAGUGGCUUGUCAUGGUGUCCUCAUUAUCCUCAGGUCAGCCUCAGUGACGCUUCUGCACCUUGGCGGUAAGGUACUCAAAGCUGCUGAUUUUCUGUCUUCAACUGAAAAACACUUUUUCCUUUGGGCCCUGUUUUCCCUUGAGCAGAGCCGAUAACUGGAAUCCAGCAGAGCAAAGCGCCCCGUCUGCUCCCACCCUUCCAGUGCCAGCCCCCGAUUUCCGGUUACCAAAGCGCUUGAUGUUUAAUCCUUCCCCCAGAAGGAGAGGUUUAGCCGUUCUCAAAAGAAACUGCCUGUUGUAGGGUCUGGCUUAGAGGUUCGUAGGCUGUCGUGAGCCCGAGGCCCAAAGAAGUGCCUGAAACGUGCAGAGGCUGCAGGCAGCUCUGGUGCUUGGGAGGAGCAUUUGAUGGGCUCAGGUCAGUGGCUCCAUGGUCAUUUCUCAUCCUCAAAGCGGUAGAGACUGAAGGGAAGCUGGUUAUGGUGUUUGUCAGGUAGGAAGGACUUGUCCCAACAUUUAGUGCUUGGUGGAGCUAUCUGGCGUCACGUUUUGGCAGCUGUGAGACUGCAGAACUUAAAAAAGGAGGGUUUUACCCUCUGGGCAUCACUGUUGUACCAAAUCCUUCCAAAUUCAAGUGAGAAAGUUGUUGGUCUCAGACCAGUAGCCUGGAUUGUCAGCCUCUAGCUGAAAGUGCCAAUAUUGCAUGGAUGCCUUCCGGACUCAUCCAAAGAUGCGUGUGGGAGCAUGGAGGGGACUCGCAGCCGACUCCUCUCUUCCCAGAAGCGACAGGCUGGCUGUGCCACGGUCAGCCCCAGCGCGGCUCCUGCUCUAACCUCUCAGGUCCCCGCAGGUUGAGCCGAGCGGGUUUGGCCGGUGGAUUUUGACCUAGGGUACGUGUCCUGCCUCAUGCUGGCUUGGACUUGGUAAAGCAGCUCUCUGUGACUGCUGCUCUUGGCUUGGCGAUACCCAUGUCUCCUGUUCUUGCUGAGGUUUAGCUGAGCUCACAGGAAGACAGGAGGGGACUGCGCAGCCACCCCGUGGGCUGCCGGGCAGGAAUGGGCGAUGCUGCCCCAAUCCUGUCUCCACUCCUCGUGCUAAGCUCCUGAGGAGGGUGGGAGAUGUUGCUCAAGGAGUCGCUUUCCUCUGCCUCCCCUGCAGACUCGGUGUGAAAUCUGGAGAGCGGAAACCCAUCAGGACCCCCAGCACCAACAACCCAACCACGUUUUAUCCGUGUUCUCUGAGCUGCCAGGUGGGAGGGUGGCUUGCGAGCAGGUUAGGGCUGGGCCCUGCUGGGGGAACCGCAAGGCUGUUGGGUGGUUUUCUUCUCCAACACACACAGCUGAAGAUCAAAGCUGGAUAACUGAAUCACGGGGCAAACGUCCAGAUGCCAAAUACAUUGAAUCUGAAAACCCAAAUACUUGAGAAUACGUCCCUGCGUCACGUGGAAGCCAUGAACAGCUGGUUCUCUGCAACCAGCAGUCUCUAAAACCAAACCUUUCUCCUGUAUUUAAUCCUGUUCUGGAAAACCUGUACCUAUAUCGAAGUUUGCACAGGAUCUUUUCCUGACUCCCAUUCAUGAAACCUUUAUUUUCCCCCUGUGUUCAGAAGCUUUGCAGUUCGCCCUUUAAAAUGUGUUUCCGUGGCUAUGUGAACCCACCCAGCUUCUUUAGGUUACGCUGCCAAUCCUAGGUCUCUUCACUGCGUCUUAUUUUCCAUCAUAGAUGGUCUUUGCUAAUUGUAUCAUAUUGUACAUUACUUUGGGUUUUCAGAGUUGUAGUAUUCUGACUACAGUAUUUCCAAUUGUGUACAUAAACCUGAAUAAGCACAACUGAAAUCCAUGAAUGAAGUGUAUACGUUUCAUAUACUGAUUGUCAUACAAAUGAAUUUUAUAAUUAUUCCAAUUUUGUUGUAGAUUUCCAAUCUUUCCUAUUUAUUUUGUACCAGAUUUAUUUGUAUAUUUUGUGAUUUUGUUUAAAGCAUUUUGUUUAUUUCUAUUCUUUUUAGAUAAAUGAUGAUUUUUUUUCUGUUGAACAUUCCAGUUUAUGCAUUUUUCCCUCCUCCAUGCUUCCCCCUCAUUUCAAAGGGAUGGAUUUUGGCAUGCGGGUGGUGGGGCUGAUGUUGGUGAUCCUGGACCCAGAUCUUUGCAGAUCAUAAAUUGCUGUCGGCACAUUAACAGUCUUUUAUCUCCGCUUUAGUUGUCGAGAGCCAUGGAGGGGCCAGAUCCUGUUCCCCGUAGAGCCAGGUCUUGCUCUUUGCUUUGGUGGGUCUGGGCCCAUGAAUCCUCGAGCCAGGGAGGAGAGCUGGGAAGUUGGUGGUAAUGGACAGCAGCUGACUUUCUCUUUCUGAAGUGUUCCCUCAACAGCAGUGGUCUUUUUCUUCCACUAAUAAAAAUCCCUUAUUUACAACCUUC